AUGCCACGAGGGUGGCGAGAGACACACAAGCCUGAAACAGCAGACUCUUAUAGAGGACGGAGAAGACUUCCUUGGAGAAGGGACGACUCCAGCCUACCAUCUGAAAGUGCGAAAGUAAAUGAAACCAGGAAAACUAAAGAAUUUCCCAUGGGAGUUACUCCAGUAGUAAAAUUGAAUGAGGCUGUGGAGGCUUUUUCUUUGAACACAACAGAAUCUUUAACAAGCAAUAACUAUGAUACACAUUAUUCAACUGCUGAUAAUCCACAACUUGUAACCAAAGGGGCACAGGAAAUCAUGGGCAGUGGCUCAAAUCCAUCCUCACUUGAGGCAAGUGGCUUUUCAUGUGCAAGAAAUCAAGGAACAAGCCUCACUAAUGCUAGCAAGCCCUUGUCUCUGUUUCCAUUCCUUGGAAUGCCAAGUACAGUAGGUUCAAUGGCUUCCAUCACAUCACCUACAUCACCAUCAGUACCACAGUGGAUGCAGUUAUUAACAAAUCAGGAUGCUCAACCAAUAAUGCAAGACAUUAGUUCAGGUGUGCUGCAUUUUUGUUGACUGGUCAUAGGCACCCUGUGAUAACCUUUGUACUCUUCUUAAGGUGGCUAGACUGGAUUUUUUAGGGGGGGGGAUACCUCCCAAGUUUGAGCAUCAACUAUGUUAGCAUGAGUAAAGAUAUGGAAAAAAGGUUACCACAGUUGUAUUAUAUAAAGAUGAAAAUUUCUUAUGAUCUGGGUUUUAUUACAAUCAGAGUCACCAUGGAAAUGUAAUGACGCCAUUACGUUUUUUAUUUAUCCUCGUGUUUCUCUGUACUAGGACUUUUCUUAAGAAAUCACUUAAGGGAGUAUGUACCUGCCAUAACUGCCAUAAUUAUAGCAAAGUUUGAACAAUUUCUAUGAGAGCGUUAUGGAAAUAUUUUGAAGCAAAGUUUUAAGAAUCAUAAAAACAGUGAAAUAGCAUGCUAUCCACACAAUUAGCUAAUAUUUUAAGGAACUCUCGAUUACUUUCCAAGCAAAUAUCCAGAAUAUGCUAAUAAAUGGCUUGUGUCACGGAUAGCAGUGAGAGCCAAAAUGGUGAACGUCACUGCUCAUUGUGAAGGAUGCAAUACUUACUCAGGUUAUAUCAUCACAGAAACUCUUACAAAGAGUUGCUGUGAUGUUAUAAUAUAUCGCUAAUUUCUUUAGGUGGUUAUUAGCAUAUUCCGGAGAUUUUUUCCGCAAGUGACCGUGGGUCCUUUUAAUGCAAAUUCUAUUUCUUUGCUGGUUUUACACUUGCAUAUGAAACUUGAAAACAAUGCCAGUGAAUAUGAUUCUUAAAACUUUGUUUCAAAAUAUUUCCAUAACACUCUCACAGAAUUUGUUCAAACUUUGCCAUAAUUAUGGCAAUUAUGGCAGGUACAUACUCCCUUAAGUGAUUUCUUCAAAAAACUCCCAGUACAGAGAAAUGCAAAGAUAAAUAAAAAACAUAAUGGCAUCAUUACAUUGCCAUGGCAACUCUGAUUGCAAUAAAACCCAGAUCAUAAGAAAGUUUUAUCUUAUAAUACAGUUGUGGUAACCUUUUUCCCAUAUCUUUACUCAUGCCAACGUAGUUAAUGCUCAAACUUGGGAGGUAUCCCCCCCAAAAAAUCCAGUCAAGCCACCUUAAGUUCAUACAUUUUUUAAUCAAGUUGUUUAAAGUAAAUUACCUUAUACUCCUGCUUCUAACCCUCCCCCCCUUAGUUACAGGCCCAUUUACCUGUAAACAAAAAAAAACAUCCUGUUACAAGCCCUACUCCAUAUUGAACCACAUAGUAAACAACUUUUGAAGCUUAAAAAUGCAACUGCGGGUAAAUUUAAAAAGUAUCUUGAUUAGCACUGCUGUUUAGCUUCUUUAGGCUUGUACAAUCAACUUUUGCCUUGUGGAAACCUGCUAUAAUGGAUGACCCUGAUAAUACAGAUAGCAGCUUAAUCCCAGGCAAAAUUGAAUUACAGAUGUUUGACUGAAAUAUACUCCCGCUAUUACAGGCUCUCGCUAAUGAGGACACUAACUCAAGUCUCUGUAAGUGGAAGAUUAUGUUAUUACAGAAACACAAACAAGGGGUGACAGUUCUUCAGUUACAGUGUCACGAUGUAACGAAAGCAAUAGAACUCAAGUGACCAAAAGCCUAGUAGAUCUAUGUAAUAAACAAGAGAUUACGUCAACUCAAGUCAAAUGUAAGUGAACUAAUUCAACUCUCUGCACUGAUGUACCUUGUAAAAUUUCAUUGCAGAUGGUUCAAGUAUGCAGCAGAUGAAGGAUGAAUUAAAAAGGCUGAAGCUUGAGCAGAGUAACUGGCAGAAGGAACAAAGUGAUUGGUUUUCUCAACAGGAAUGCCUUAAGGAUGAACUUAGACAGGUUCAUCUUGCCAAGGAGGAAGCUGAACAGGAGAUUUGUAACUUGCAAAGACAGUUGAAAGCCAAGGAUGAACAUAUACAUGAACUGGAAACAACACUGUCCACUGCUCAACAAGCACUAGAGGAACACAGACAAAAAGAACCUUGUGACUGGAUGAUAUCCAGAGAUGAGAUACACUUGACUGAUAAAUGCUUAGGGGUGGGAGGGUGGGGAAAAGUUUUCCUUGGAAGAUUUAGAGGUUGUCAAGUUGCUGUGAAACAGAUCCAUGAGUUGAUUUUGUCUCCUCAUAACAGACGUUUGUUUGAGAGAGAAAUGAACAUUGCUGCACGGUGCCGGCAUCCCUGUUUACUGCAGUUCAUUGGUGCAACUAAUGAUGACGGGAGUCCUCUAUUUGUGACAGAGCUCAUGGAAAUAAGUUUACGGGGAUUACUGGAGCGGCGACAACUCUCUCAGGCAGAAAUAACAGCCAUUUCUUUAGAUGUAGCCUUAGCACUGAACUAUUUGCACAAAAGUAAACCACCAAUCAUUCACCGGGAUGUCAGCAGUGCUAAUGUGUUGCUAUGGCAACAAGGUGAUCUGUGGAGAGGCAAAGUGUCAGAUUAUGGCACUGCUAAUUUCAUGCAGCAGACCAUGACAGUGGCUCCUGGAGCUAUGAUUUACAGCGCGCCUGAAGCACUUACAUCAAACCAAACAGUCAAGGUUAGUCAACCAACUUUAGAUGCAGUGGUAAACCUUAAGUGAUGCCUUUGCUGUAGUCAUAGUUAGUAACUACUAACUUUGCUUUGAUUUUAUUUACAAAGAAAGCAUGAAUAGUAGGUAAAUUUUCCCGUAAAAAGGUGUCAUGUCAGAGGUUAAGUUUAGAUAUUGCUGCACUAAAACCUAAUGAGUAAAAACUUUGUGAAACCUUAUUCGUUGAAUUCAGUACUGAAUUGUUACAUGAAAUUUGAAAUGUAGGCUCUGUUACUCAUAUUAUACGAUUAUACCUCACCCUUUCCAUAUGAACUGCAAAAGAUUUCAGUGGCAUGCUGCAUUUUAAAAUACUAUAUUCUUGCUUUUUUUCCUUACAAAAAGUGUGAUAUGACUUUUACGGUAAUAAACAGCAAAAAUAACUUUUGAAGAACUAUUAAAACUGUGCAGUCACAACACAGGCAGACCACUCUCUGUUAGUGGGGGCCGUGGUUGAUUGAAAUCUGAGCAACGAUCUUUUGUUAUUUAUAGAAGAAAUACAUGUGAACAAUACGGUGGCUAUAAUUUGUUUAAAAAUGCAGAAUUUAAAGCACAUGUUUCAAUAAAAGUUUGAAGAAAAAUGUUAACUGAGUCAUGUGUCAUGUUUUUUUCGCCGUCCCGUGCUGUUUUAAGCGCUAUUGUGCGAGAUGAAUAUUUGACCUCGGCGGUUAGAACUAAAGAAGGAGACAAGGGAGGCAGCAAUCAGCCGCCGGUGUAUGACCCAGUCCAAUUUAAGCUGGAACUGACUGCUUUAAAUUCUGCAUUUUGAAACAAAUUAUAGCCACCGUGUUGUUCACAUGUAUUUCUUCUAUAAAUAACAAAAGAUCGUUGCUCAGAUUUCAAUCAACAACGGCCCCCGCUAACAGAGGGUGGUCUGCCUGUGGUCACAAUUGUCAAAAACCCCUCUUAACUUAGUCUGAAAUGUCAUACGUCUCCACCCCUAACCCAUGGAGGGCUCUCUCCCCCGCACCCCCCAUGGGUUAGGGGGUGGAGACAUGUGACAUUUCAGACUACUCUUAAGUGAAAUCUUUUUAUGUUGUUACUCAGCUCGUCAAAGUUUAGACUUACCAGGUGGUUGCUUUGGGUGUAUCUCGUUCAUGCCUCUUAAAGUAAGAGGUCGAAAGAGAAAAAGGUAGAGGAUAGGGUAAAAGAAAGAAUUCGUAGAGAACUGUCCCCUCCCCUGCUCCCCCAUUCUUUCUCAUUUGAACUGGGUUCAGCUUUUGCAGAGCUAGAUCCCUUGCUUUAGGAAACAUGACAGAAAAAAAACCGCCAGCUACACUGGUUAGAAAAGUUUGAAGUGAGUGGUGUUGUUGUAGAAGGUUUCCUAGAUAUUUAUAAUGUUGUUUUUGUUGAUAGAUCGACGUUUAUAGUUUUGGAGUUCUCCUGUGCGAGAUGUGCAUCCGGGAACUGCCAGAUCCAAACCAGCGCAAGGAACAAGUUGCCCUGGUAACAAAUCACGUAUUUCGAGGCCUCAUACGGAGCUGUGUGCAGUCAGACCCUGAGCAAAGACCAAAUAUGGAAGAUAUCAUUGAAGAAGCUUAUUCAGCGCCUAUUUAA